AUGAAGAUGUCAGGCCUCGCCCUCCCCACGAGAUCCCAGCAGCCCGGCCGCUGUCUCCCCUUCCCCGCCACAGGGCAGCACCCCAAGAUACCUAGGGGCCCCUGCGCCGCACCCCUGCCUCCCGACCGCCCUGCGCUCUCACAGCCCAGGAGGGAGCCCCAUGGCAGCUUCGUCAACAGACGCCGGCCCGCUUUCCCUGGGUCUGGGCCUUGGGCGGCGCGGGGACAAGCCGCGGGGCUCUGCUGCCUGCCCGCGCGCCGUUCCGGCGGAGACCCGGCCUCGGUCGGACCUGCCCCCCACCCGCACAGUCAAGGCCCAGCCCGGCCCCUCCGCGGCCUCUGCCCCUCGGCAGGGACCCCUCCCUGGGAACCUGCUGUGUUGGGGGAGCCCUGGCCCCCGCUCCCCGUGCGGACCUCCUGCAGGCCCUCCCGUGCUGUGCGCCUCUCCAUCAGGACUCCAGGUCUGGAUGCCCCCGGCGGCCACCAGGCAAGUCCUGAGGACCCUGGGGGGCGCCGUGGGGCCUGGGAGCCCGAGGGCCUGCCCGGGGCAGCCCUGCCCGCCAACCACACCACGCUGUCACCCCCUCCAAAGCAGGAACCUGCACCACCAGCUACUUGGGCCCCCAGGCGCCGUGGUUAUGCCUGCGGUCACCCGAGCCGCCGGUCAGGAAACCCCUGGGGUCGUGGGGUUCCGGGGUGGCAGCAGGGAUAUGUACCAGCUACUUUCCGCUGCAGACGCUGGGCCGACCCGGGCCACCCCAGACCUGCAACACGCCUGCCGCCCCUCCCCGCCGGCAUGCCUCUGGCCCAGCCGCGCCCACGCCAAGCGCGUCCUUCCAGCUGUCUUCCUGCGGCCCCAGUUUCUCCUUCCUUGGGAUCCCGGGAACCAGCCACUCGCAGGUUGCUGGGUCUCUCCCCAUCAACGUUCAAGAGGCCAGCUCCUCGAAGGCACGGCUGGUUCCUGCUCCGUGUCCAGUGUACCCAGUGCGGUGGUGACUGCAGGGCCGAGCACAUUUUCCCUGCGGCUGGAGGAGACAGGCUCGCCCUUGCCCAAGAGCUGCUCUGCCCAGCGUGCGGACGCCUGCGGGGCCUGCUGGGCACCUCCAUCCAUCAGGGCCAGACCAACCGGUCCUGCCAGAAACCGGAUCUGGGCACCGAGGCCCCUCCCUGGAGGUGUGUUCAGACAGGACACAGAGGUCAGUGCCCAAGGUCACAUGCGGCAGGAACGCCCUUUGAAGAUGAAGUCCUAGGAGUAAGAUCUCUGGAUCAGAGCUUCCUUGGAACUACCCACGUGAUUGGGAUUGACAAACUCAGCGCGGCUGGGGUGCCCUCGGGGACGCCCCUGGGAGGGGGCCCUGCCCACUGCCCGGCUCGGCUGCCCAGGAGGACCCACUCCUCUGGUGGAGGGCCCCAGACCCUGAGCAUCAGGCCCACACAAGGUGGUCGUUUCUGCAGCUUCUGGCGUGAAUCCCAGGCCAGCAUGGACUGGGGCCACGGGGCGGACGCGGUGACCCCGAGCGCCCGGGCGGCUCAGGGCCUGAUCCCACCCAGGAAUGUUCCUGCUCCCGGCCUGGCCUGGGGCUUGACUCCUGACACCAGGGAGUAA